ACUCUCUAUCACUUGCACGACACAUUUUCCGUCAUUUCUUCCUCUCUCUUUUGGUGGUGUCGUGGUUAUUAUUACAUCAAUUGCCUUGCUUGAAGAUGUCUUCAUCAGCACCUUCAGUAUCGCGGUUCAGACCGAGUUCUAGCCUCAAGAAACCACAUAUCGCAAAUCAGGCCGUGACUUGGUCAAAUUGGCAUGAACAUAUCGCUUGGAUCAAUGUCAUCUUCGUGGCAGGAAUCCCGCUAUUUGGCAUCUUCUCGGCUUUUUCGACGCCGUUGCUGCUGAAGACCGCUAUUUGGGCUUUUGUUUAUUACUUCAUGACGGGGCUGGGUAUCACAGCUGGUGAGUCCUCAACCUGUCUGUUGGCAAUUCAGUACUUCCUGGGCUGUGUAGACAUGGAGAUCGGAAUAUUGACAGAUACCAGGCUACCACAGACUCUGGUCUCACACUUCAUACACGGCCACAUUACCAAUCCAGAUAUUCCUCGCUCUAGUCGGGGGAGGCGCCAUUCAAGGCUCAAUCCGAUGGUGGUCUCGCAACCAUCGUGCACACCACAGGUACACUGAUACAGUCCAGGAUCCAUAUUCUGUCCAGAAAGGUCUCUUGUACUCCCAUAUGGGCUGGAUGGUGUUGAAGCAGGAUCCUCACAGAAUCGGCCGUGUGGAUAUAACGGAUCUCAACAAUGAUCCGGUGGUCAUGUGGCAGCACAGGAACUUCGUCACUAUCGCCCUGUCGAUGUCCUUCCUCUUGCCGUGUGUGGUUGCUGGAUUGGGAUGGGGUGAUUGGAAAGGUGGGUUGAUCUAUGCUGGUAUUUUGAGAUUGCUUGUCGUGCAGCAAGCUACGUUCUGUGUGAAGUCGCUCGCUCAUUGGAUCGGAGACCAGCCUUUCGACGACCGCAACUCACCCCGUGACCACGUUAUCACAGCCCUCGUCACCCUCGGCGAAGGUUACCACAACUUCCACCACGAGUUCCCCUCCGACUACCGCAACGCCAUCCAAUGGCACCAAUAUGACCCUACAAAAUGGAGCAUCUUCCUCUGGAAACAGCUCGGGCUCGCCAGCAACCUGAAGACAUUCCCGGAUAACGAGAUCGAGAAGGGCCGCGUGCAGCAGCUGCAGAAGAAGAUUGAUAGGGGCCGUGCGGAAUUGGAUUGGGGUGUGCCGUUGGAGGAGCUGCCGUUGAUUGAGUGGGAUGAGUUUGUGGUCAGGGCGAAAGAGGGUGAGGCUCUUGUUGCGGUUGCGGGUGUGGUUCAUGAUGUUGGAGGGUUUGUGAAGGAUCAUCCUGGAGGGAUGGCGCUGAUUUCUUCGGCCAUUGGGAAGGAUGCUACGGCGAUGUUUAAUGGCGGUGUUUAUAAUCAUCUGAAUGCGGCGCAUAAUCUGCUCUCGACGAUGAGGAUAGGUGUUUUGAGGGGCGGCCUUGAAGUCGAAGUGUGGAAGAGGAGUCAGCUGUCGACGAAGAAUGUCUAGUGGAGUAGUGGUGUCGGCGAAGGAGUUGAGGGAAUUCUGGCGUCAUGGUUAGGUUCGGGUUUGAUGGCAUGUCAUGUUGGUUACGAGGUUCUGGACGAGUUGUGACUGUUUAUCUCGGCGCUUGGCAUGAUUAGAAAAUCCCAUAGAGGAGUCUUGAAAUCCAAAUCUCAU